ACAAGAAUAGGAUGCUUCGUCUUGACACGUAAACAUUUAAUAUUAUAUGACCCAACGCGGUUCUACAAAACCGACCUUUUCUUCUUCCCUAGGCUAUAUAUUAUGUGCAUGACUCAGUUUCAAAGAAUAAUCCCAUCUCAUCUCAAUACACGCACACAAACACCUUUGCAUACGAUUUUCCCUAGCUUUUAAAAGAGAGAAACUUGUAAUUUGUUCGAAGAAUGAGUCAAUUCAGCCAAAACCAAUCUGCAGGAGCUUAUCCUACGCCGCCAGUGUCUACCGGUCCUUAUGUGGCACCGCCUCCUGCCGGUUACCCAACGAACAACACAAGUCAUGCCACGAUGGCUCCAGUCGAGACAAAGUCUAAGGGUGAUGGAUUCUUGAAAGGCUGUCUUGCGGCCAUGUGUUGCUGUUGCGUCCUCGACGCCUGCUUCUGAUUUGAGAGGAGUUCACUGGUUUAUUUGAUAGUCGUGUGGAUGAUUUAUAUUGAUUUUUAUUUUGUUCUACUAAACCAUGUUUAGGAGUCGAUUAGUUUAUAUAUCAUUUAGAUUGCCUUUCUUAUUUGUUAAUUCAUUUCUUUUAUUUAUCUUUGGUUUGUAUUGUUGAAUCUAUCAUUUAAUAAAUUGUUUUUCUUAGACA